GAGUAUAGAAGUGCGCAUAUGAAGCAAACUCGCUCCCUCAGUAAAAAUCGAGUGUAUGUCCAUGUAAACUUCCCUCGUCCACUUGACGAAGUGGAACGCACUUCAAAAUGGCUGCGGGGAUUCCUACGAGGGGAAGUGUUUAGGGAAGUUCGCGAGGGCUUGUCUAAAAGAAAACUGGAACGCAGCCUUCUAUGAUGAGCCUUGUCAUGACGUCAUAUUUUUGCGGCGGAAGUAGUUGCUUUCACGUUCAUGCCUGUCAGCGAGCGCCGUUGCUUUACCCUUCACAUGUUCCUGUGUAUAUAAUCUGUUUCUAUAAAAGUUUCGCCAUGGCUGAUUUUAGUUCUAGCUUUGAUAUGCCGUCGGCUAGUUUAUCUGAGAACGCUGAGGCUGCGGAGCUCCAGCGUCUGAUCGCGGUCGAGCAGCAAAAGGCUCAGUUUCAAGCGCAGGUUCACAACUUUACGGAUGUUUGCUGGGAUAAGUGCAUGGACAAACCGAGCUCCAAGCUGGACUCCCGAACGGAAACUUGUCUCGUUAGCUGCGUGGAGCGUUUCAUCGACACGACGCUCACCAUCACCAACCGCUUUACGCAGAUGGUCCAGAAGGGCGCGCACUGACUGAAGGACACCGUCCUCAAGGACAAUUACCACAUGCGCUUCAUGUUCCCGCUGUACAUUCAGGAGGUUGCACUUUAAGGGUGCUGAACCUUUUCACUCUCGCGGAAAAAUGACCUAAAGCCCUUUCUCCUAGACUACAAAAUGUUUAUGAUAUGUGUAUAGCUGUUAAACUAAUACAGCCAGCGGAUAACGACUAUUUUUGCUGGAAAUUAUCAGUACGGGCAGUUUCCAUGACUGACUGUCCACAUCUGUAAACUUGACUGGUUUUAUUGUGAUUUCAAAUAAAUCAGAAAUUUAAAAGAA